AGAUAUCCCUUGAUAUGUUCGACUCCUGAGCGUUAAGAUAACAGUUUAAAUUAUCAAAACGUCAAUAUUUGAUAAAAAAUAUAAUGGGCAGUUUACACGCAUUCACUUGAUACAUAGGAAUUGAAACUAUAGAGAAAAAUUUUUUGAAAGGACUUGUAUGGAAGAUUUUGAAUUAGAGAGAUUUGAAUAGUUGUGUACUUUGAGCCCAUAUUUCUUUAUUAUUAAUAUUUUUUUUGUUUUGUUUUUAGUUUUUGUCACUUACAUAUUGUGUUAUUUUUAAUAUAUAUAUUUUUAUGCUUCACUGUCUUUCUUAUUUCUAUUCCGUUAAGAUGUAGAGGGUGGGAGUUAUAAUUACUAUUUAAUACAACUUUCUUCAGCAAAAAAAACUUAAAAAAAUAUAUAUAACUUCACUUUUAUAAGGAAAUGUUUUAUGCGAAUAUCAGGCGGGGAUUUUGUGCUAAAAAUAAGUCUGUUGUUUAGAACAAUAGAGAAAUAAGAAUAAUGACCUGCCAGAUUAGAAUUUUAAUAUUCUUAUAAUAUUAUAAAAAAGCGUGUAGCGAAAACCGUAAGAAAAUUCACCUAAGUGAGUAAAAAGACAAAUUUAUGAAUCUAAAGUAAAUGUCAAAUCUCAACAACUUAAAGCCACAUGUUUAUGUAAAUUAAAAAAAUUCUGUUAUGUGCUUAGAACAAAGUUACAAGGUAUUAUUGCCAAUUUCAUGGAGACAACGCUUGUGAGCAUCGUUCAUUGGAAGAAGUGGCAUUUCUAUGCAAAGGCUAGUGCUUCGUUAUGGCAGUACGAUGGACAGUUGUUUCUUAUAACACCUUACUGUGGAAGUAAACCACUUCCUUGCUUUUUGGCAAAAGCUGCAGGAUUCCAAACUUAUACAACGAUAGGCAGUGGAGACACCAACGAAGGUGGCGAGGACGAUAAAGGUGACGGUGGAAAUGGUUUCAAAAUACCAACAAGGCGAAGAAGAGUUACUGCGAAAAAAACAAGCAGCAAAAAAAAAUCCAAGGCAGCGGCUCCAGCAGGUGGUGCAGCUGCCUUCAUAAUUCUGAUCGUUAUUAUCGUAUUUAUUUACUACAAGCGAAGAUCUAUUACAGCAGCAAUAGCAACGUUAAGUUUGAAACAACAAAGUGAUAAUAACGAAAAUACGAAUGUACCAGCAGCGCCCAAAGUUAAUCCAGCUUUUGUUCUUGGUACAUCUGGAAUGUCUCAGCCACCCCCAUAUAUGCCAAAUAAUGCCGAAGGAUUGACAAUGCAAUUACAGCACACAGCUUUACCUGCCGGUGUAGUACUGCCUCCACCAAAUUCAACGCAAUCACCCUAUCCACAAUCGCUAGUUUCACAGCCACCACCUAUGCAGCCACCGGUUGCAUAUUAUCCUACAGUUCCCUACCCUAUACAGCAGCAGCAGCAGCAGCAGCAGCAGCAGCAACCUUUUAUGGCAGCGAAUAAUAUACACCAUGCUCAAUCAUACCCUGCGGUAUCAACACAAUCCUCGGGUUAUGUUAGUGCACCGUCACAAGCUUCAUUACAGACACAAACAAACUCACGAAAUCGUUCGAAAGGAAAUAAAAUUUUGUCCAGUGUGGUGAGCGGAAUCACCAGCGGUUUUAUUGAUUCUCUCGCAAAUGAUGAGGAAUAAAUACUAUUUUGAUAUUAUGUAUCCAAAUUUGAGAACAUUUUUAAGCCUUCAUUGUAACGUUGUUGUUUUUUAAAAAAAUAGAAAAUGUUUG